AUGGAGUUGAAGGAGAUAUCAGAAGCCUCGUACGUAUCCCAUCAGAUGCUGACUUACAGCAACUGGGCCUCUCCGAGUGAGAACGGCAUGAUAAAGCCGAGGAGCGGGGUGGGGCUGGCGGCUCAGAAGUGCAUCGUCACCAUCACUUGCCAGGACGUGACCAUAUUCAAUCGAGAGGUGCCCGCGGAGAUGCCCGUGAUAAGGAGGAGUAUGGGAAUCUGUCCGCAAAAUAAUGUCUUGUGGGACGACUUGACAGUGUCGGAGCAUUUCGAGUUGUUUGCCAAUAUACGCGGUUUGUCCACUGACGCGUACGCUGUGGAGUUUGCGGCUGAGAUUGAACUGGGGCAUAAGUUAGAAGCACGAGUGAAGACGCUAUCUGGAGGUAUGAAGAGGAAGCUCUCGGUCGGGUUAGCAUUCGUAGGAGACUCGAAGUUGAUCAUAUUGGACGAGCCGAGCAGUGGUAUGGACCCGAGUGCCCGGCGUAGGAUGUGGGACUUCCUGAGAUCGAAACGUGAGGGAAGGAUUAUUUGCAUUACUACACACUACAUGGACGAGGCCGAUGUGCUAGCUGAUCGAGUUGGUAUAAUGAAAAAUGGCAAGUUGAUGGCUUAUGGCAGCACCAGCUUCCUCAAGCGACAGUUCGGCACGGGUUAUACCCUCAGCAUUGCCAAGAAGGACUCUACGGUCCCCGAUGCCCCUCUGAUUGAAGUCGUUCGGGAGAGCAUCGACGAUCCGUCCUCGGUCCGGAUACGGUCCAGUGCUGGUCAGGAGCUGGCUCUGCAGAUUCCUUUUGAGAAUGCUCCUCAGCUGCCGUCUGUGUUUGAAAGCCUUGAUGUGUUAAAGUCAGAAGGAAAAGUAUCGUCCUACGGCAUCUCGGUGACCACGAUGGAGGACGUCUUCCUUAAUGUUGCGCGCCGUUCUCAAGGUGAUGAUGACGAGCAGUUGUCCAAGCUGAAGAGCCGAACGUAUUCGAGUGAGGACAGGAGCGUCAUGUGCGACGUUGUGCUGAAGCCCAACAUGAUGCAACAGUUCUCCGGUCUGCUCACGAGGCGUGUAACGUACGCCUGGCGAAACUGGCCCGGGACUCUGUCGGCCGUACUUAUCCCAUUUCUGGUCAUACUUGUUCUUAUGGGUUUGCAAUACCUUGGUGUGUCCGUGCCCGAUGCUCGCAGAUUGGAUCUGAGCUGGAGUGAAGAUACACCCUACCAGGUCUCCUCACAUGAUCAUGUUGUCGGUCGGUGGGAUCUGAGCGCUCCAGAGGUGGUCACUGUGCAAAGAGGCGCGGUUGGCUUGCCAGAUAUUAGUGCGGCUACACCCCUCACACCGGUGGAGUUCUACAUUUGCAAUCAGUGGAAGCCGUAUGAGAUGAUACCUACUCCGAGCUCGUCGUUUAACAUCAACUUGUGUGCGGCAAUCCUGCGGUUUUCGGCUACACUUAUUGAUGAGAAAACUGCAUGGUUUGAAGUCACUGCAUUGGGGGUCACCUCGCGCUCUGUCUUCGCUGAUAUGACCGCCCUGCAUAUGACGCCGGUUGCCCUGGUUGGUGAUGAAUCUGUUGGUGUAGUCAACUACCCCUUCCCUCACACGGCGUAUCAGGAGAGCAAGUCCCGAAGUAAUCUCGUGCUCACUCUGGCAGUUGGCGGUUACUUUGCCAUUGCUCUCACUGUGAUAGCAGGAUCUUUGCUGUCAUAUGUUAUGAUGGAGAAGACGAGAGGGAUCAAAGAACAGCUCUACGUUAGUGGCUGUGGUUUGCUGACCUAUUGGGUGGCGAGCUGGAGUUUUGAUUUUCUCCUCACUUUUAUCGCAAUAUGCCCAACGUGGAUACCCCUAACUAUUUUCGACAUUAAGGCGUACCUCGACUCCAGCAAUAUGGCCGCGGUAUGGAUGCUGCUUAUUGGAUUCUGUUUUGCGAUGCCCCCAUUUAACUAUGUCAUGUCCCUGCUCUCACGUACCAAUACUAUCGCUACUUACAUGCAGGUGGGGGCCGGCGUAGGGGGUGGCCUUAUUGGCUCUUUUGUCGUAGCUGUUUUGUACUAUGGUGUUGUUGCUCCCGAGAUCGCCUUGGUUCUCGCGUGGAUGCUCAGAGUUGUUCCCACCUUCCCGGUGGCGCAAGGCCUCACGACACUCUUCUUUGCGUAUGUGGGGUACUUGAAUGCUCCUACGGGUGGACCUGUUGAGACCCACGCCUUCGACUCGCAAAUGCUGAACACGUGCAGUGAAGUUCGCCUCAGCGGCCUCGCCGAUAAAGUAUAUGAUACUUGUUUUGGAGUUGCUGGUGAUGAUGUGAUAAUGCUCUUCCUCUUUGGAGUGAUAUAUUUCGGUCUCACCAUCUUGAUCGACUAUAGGAAGAACGAUGAUAAGUGGAACCCCGACCGACAGCUGCAUGUACCUCCGGAGAAGCGUGGUGAGGAGGAUGGGAGGGUCGUAGCAGAGAAGGACAGGGUGGCCAAGCUCGAUCCCACCACGCAGAUGAUCUACUUUAAGGACCUCAAGAAAGUCUACAACCCGGGGAAGAAGAGUGAAGUAUGGGCAGUUCGAGGUAUCAACUACGCCUUGGGUGAUGGUGGAGUCUUCGGUCUGCUCGGUGUCAACGGUGCUGGCAAGACUACGACAUUCAGGAUGCUAUGUGGGUUGAUAAGACCAAGUUGUGGUCACAUCACACUCAGUGAAGCUAUUGUAUCGACCUACUUUUUUCAUAGGUUCGUCGAAGCAUUGGGUAUUGCCCUCAGGACAGCCCCUUAUUGUAAGGACUUACCACUGAGGAGCAUCUCAUUUUGUAUGGUCGAAUCCGUGGAGUAUUGCCCGCUGUAUUGGAGGACCAUGUUUCGGAGUUGUUGGAAAUUCUCCAGCUCGAGCGUUAUAGUGACAAGAUGGCAACAAGGCUUUCUGGUGGUAACCAGCGGAAGCUCUGUGUUGGCAUCGCUCUGGUUGGGCAACCUUCCUUGCUAUUCCUCGACGAGCCGACCACGGGUGUUGAUCCUGAUGCACGGAGGUAAGCACUUUCACGGUCUCAGUGAUAGUAGUCUUUCAGUUGUGCUCACAACGCAUAGUAUGGAAGAGGCUGAUGCUCUGUGUGAAACUAUGGUCAUCCAAGUCGACGGCCAGUUCCGUUGUAUUGGUUCAUCCCAGCAGAUCAAGACGGAUUACGGUCAGGGCUUCAAAUUGUGGAUAUCCUUCGUGGAGUCAUCAGCUGCUACUGCGAGUAGUGAGCUCCUCAACAAUUUCUUUGUCGCCAUAAAUAGUGACAAGUCUGGGCGAGUACACCCCUCCACAUAUUCUUAG